AUGAUGCCGCAAUUCCGCCAGCUCUUGCACGCUCUCCAACAACAUAAGCUGGCCUCCUGGAGACUCCUGGUCCUGGCUGCUGCCCUGGUCCUUGGUGGCCUGAUCAUCUUCACUUACUCAAGCAUCAGUGUCCUGGGAAACAAUCGUGUUCCUACUAAUGUUCUUGAGCCGUCCCUGAGCAACAUUGGCAGCAGCAAUAAUGCAAAGACCGACGACACCAACCAUGGCGCCAGUAAUGCUUGCUUUACCGACCUCGAUCUUCUCCGACUCUAUGCGGGGAAUGCUUCAACGGUCGAGUAUGCGCGAUUGAACAUAGUCGUUUCGAAAACCGAGAACUUCACUGCCUUUACGGAUUCCCUCGAUGUUUCGAUUCCUUCCUACCGCACAGUUCAUCUUGAUACCGACGCUAGUCGAGAAACACAGUCCGAGAAAGAUUGUGCGACAUCCGUGACUAUCGAAGCCCCCCUUACUCCCUCGCCUCCCGAUGCAUCGCACAUGAUCUUUGGGGUCGCAACAUCCCUUAAGGGACUCGAGGAUUCGCUCGAUGCAUUUGCCCACUGGGCCAGCAACAGCAGCGCUCACAUAGUCGCCGUCGUUGAACAAGGCGGGUCCUCGGCACGGUCAAGAAUCCAAGACCGCGCAGAGACCCUGGGCAUCCGGUUAACAAUCACCCAAACCGAAGAUGAACAGCUAGAUCGAUACUUCUCCCUCAUACACGUGCUAUACCAGCACCGCGAUGCCUCAACGCAGUGGGCCGUCUUGAUUGACGACGACACCUUCUUCCCAAGCAUGACGAACCUAGUCUCCCGACUCGCCUCCGCCUACGACCCGUCAAUACCUCAAUACAUCGGCGCAAUGACCGAAGACCUCUCCCACAUCUCCAGCACAGGCUACAUGGCCUACGGCGGCGCCGGAAUCUUCCUCUCCCUCCCGCUUCUCUCCGACCUCCAACACGUCUUCGAAACCUGCCACGCCUUCAAAGAGCGCGGCGACCGCAUGCUCGCCUCGUGCAUCUACGCACACACAAGCACAAAAUUCACCUGGGAGCGCGGCCUCUACCAGCUCAACAUCCGCGGUGAUGCAUCCGGGUUCUUCGAGUCCGGCCGACCCCUCCCGCUCUCCGUCCACCACUGGUCCUCCUGGUUCCAAGCCGACAUGGUUGCGCUCAGCAAGAUCGCAUCCAUCUGUGGCGAAGGGUGUCUCCUGCGGAGGUUCCACCUGUCCAAGGACUGGUUCCUUGUCAACGGGUACUCUGUUAUUCAGGACGCGACGCUGUGGAAUGACCCGCGGCCAAUGGAGCAGACCUGGGAAAAGAGUAAAAACAAGGGGUCAGUGUCAGAUCCGUUUGCGUAUAGUCUUGGUCCGUUGAGGCGGGUCGAUGCCGAUAAGGUCUCGAUGAGGUUGAGAGGGGUUUUGGUUGAUGAGGAGCUGGAGAGGGUUCGGCAGGUGUACGUGCUUAAUGGGACGGAUGAAACACCUCCGCGGGUUCUGGAGGUUGUUUGGCGUGUUCUGGAUGUGGAUGAGUGA